UGCGUCUUCCUUCCGGCUCGCCGAAGAAAGUUGAGGGAGGUUCAGCGGCAACUGGGCUUUUACAUAAUGGACAGCCAGGGAAGGAAAGUGGUGGUCUGUGACAAUGGGACCGGGUUUGUCAAGUGCGGCUAUGCAGGCUCCAACUUCCCAGAGCACAUCUUCCCUGCGCUUGUUGGGAGGCCCAUCAUCCGCUCGACAGCCAAAGUCGGAAACAUCGAGAUCAAGGACCUGAUGGUGGGGGACGAGGCCAGCGAGCUGCGCUCCAUGCUGGAGGUCAACUACCCCAUGGAGAACGGCAUCGUCAGGAACUGGGAUGACAUGAAGCACCUGUGGGACUACACCUUCGGCCCAGAGAAACUCAACAUCGACUCCCGCAACUGCAAGAUCUUGCUGACCGAGCCGCCCAUGAACCCCACCAAGAACCGCGAAAAAAUCAUUGAGGUGAUGUUUGAGACCUACCAAUUUUCAGGAGUCUACAUUGCUAUUCAAGCUGUACUGACCCUGUAUGCCCAAGGCCUUCUGACCGGUGUGGUGGUGGACUCGGGAGAUGGUGUGACACACAUCUGUCCAGUGUAUGAGGGCUUCAGCCUGCCCCAUCUGACAAGACGCUUGGACAUUGCAGGCAGGGACAUCACCCGCUACCUCAUCAAGUUGUUGUUGUUGAGGGGUUACGCCUUCAAUCACUCUGCAGACUUUGAGACGGUGCGCAUGAUGAAGGAGAAGCUGUGCUAUGUGGGCUACAACAUCGAGCAGGAGCAGAAGCUGGCGCUGGAGACCACCGUGUUGGUGGAAUCAUACACGCUGCCAGAUGGUCGUGUGAUCAAGGUGGGAGGAGAGCGGUUUGAGGCCCCCGAGGCGCUGUUCCAGCCCCACCUCAUCAACGUGGAGGGUGUCGGAGUGGCCGAGCUCCUCUUCAACACCAUCCAGGCUGCAGAUAUAGACACCAGGCCUGAGUUCUACAAACACAUCGUGCUGUCGGGAGGAUCCACCAUGUACCCCGGCCUGCCGUCUCGGCUGGAGAGGGAACUCAAGCAGCUGUACCUGGAGCGUGUCCUCAAGGGAGAUGUGGCCAAGCUUUCGAAAUUCAAGAUCCGGAUCGAGGAUCCUCCCAGGCGAAAGCACAUGGUGUUCCUGGGCGGAGCCGUGCUGGCCGACAUCAUGAAGGACAAGGACAACUUCUGGCUGACCCGGGAGGAGUACCAGGAGAAAGGAGUCCGCGUGCUGGAAAAACUAGGAGUCACCGUCAGAUAAAGCACUGGACGGACAGACCACGACCACACACACACAUAUACACAAACACACACACACACGACAUGCACACAUCUCCCCCUCGCCCACAUCGCAGAGUAUAUAUCUAUUUAUCCUUCUUCUUCUCUCUCUCGGCUCUUGAUCCUCAAACAUCAGCGGGAAUCGAGCCGUCACCUCCUCCUCUCUCUCCUCUCUGCCUCUCUUCUCUCCUGGUUUUGGGAUUGACUCACACUUUUCCUCGCAAGCCCACAAGAACAAAUUCCAUUUUGCAGAUUUACACUGAAACCCCUCCUUUACUUAAAUUGAAAGGGUUAACGUUGCUCCGUCGGUGUCUUAAUUGUCACUGGUGGAGAAGGUUAAAAAAUCAAGUCGGGAAAUCGUCACUCAAUUUUAUUUUCCUUUUUUGAUUAAAACCUCCGGAGGGGAUAAAUUGAUGCAAAGUUUCUGUAAAAUCACAAUCAGGGUCCACCACAAACAGCCACGGGCCGCUUUCAGCAUCUGUUCCAGGUGAGCGAGAACUGAUCACAUUUUUAUGUCGGUUUUUUAUAAAUGAUAUCAUGACUUUUUCUUUUCUGGGAGAGGGAUUACUUUUUGUUCUGCUUUUACUUUUUUUGUUUUUUUGUUGGAGUUCAAUUUAUAUCUUAACAUUUUUUUUCAUUGACUUUUUUUCCUUUUGUUGCUGUGCACUACUACCAUUGUAAAUGGAGUGUAUUGUGGUAACAGAAGUUCCUCCACGUUUUUAUGAAGAAUUGAUGGUUGAUUUAUAAAGGGACAAAUACACAAAGGAAAGCCCCUGAGCUUGACGUCGGGUGUGUGAUGGUACUUUGGGGUUUGUGGGUGGUGAGGGGAGGAUUUUUCGGGGGAGUGAUACUGUUUGUUCCUCGUCAGAUAGCCUCGCCUCUGCCUCCUCUCUCCGUGUAAAUCUGGAGCUGAAUGAACGGGUGCGAGCAGUUGUAGCAAUAUUACUGUCGACGCCAUAGCACCUCACCCGUCGUACUCGCGCAGAUCCACCGCAGCACGGAGGCAGUCGCAGGCUGACGAGAUCGAUUUGAAUCUUGGAAAAUAAAACGGUAUUUUAUUGAUGUCUAAAUACUGUUGAGACCAUAUUUAAGUUCUCCAGUCUUUCACUCCCAGCGGUCGACUUAAUGAUUACUGGAGGCACUUCUAUUUUGAGUAUGAAAAAAAUGUGUAUAUUUUUUUCUCUCUCCUCUUUCCAUGAACGUCUAUCCAGUGCCAAGUGCAGUUAAUGUUAACUGGAUCUCUCUCAUGUUUUAAUGUCUUUCUUUUUGUCACUGUUUUUAUUUUUAUUUUCCUGUGUUGUUCAUAGCAUAACUGCCUAACGCUGAUUUAAAUAAAGAAAAGUGAUUUAUAAGGA